AUGUCGAUUGGUGGCAUUGGAGUUUAUGAUCAACAACCGCAAGUUUCACAGGAUACGUUCGUAGUAGUUGGUGAACCGGAUGUAAUCAGAAGUGAAGAAAUUACUACGAAUGGUGUAACGAAUGAUGUUACAUAUGAUACCGGAAAAGAUUGUUAUCGGGAAUCUGGUAAUGACAGUGUUACAUCCGAAGAAACAGCUGUAUUAGAAAUAGGUAAACGUCGAUCGGUAUAUUUAACGAGUACGGCAGCGGAACGAUAUGGUCAGGAAGCUGGUUGUAGUGUAGCAAAAAUUACCCGAAAUGAUGAUUGUUUAGAAUGUUCCGAACGUUUGCUGCCGCAAAGUGAUAGCAUGUAUCAUGAUGCAGGUUCAGAAUUAGUUGCCGCUGAUAAUAAUGGUGAGCAUCAGACGUUGCGUGAUAUUUCACGUUGUGCACCACGUGAAAUUAGCUACGAAACAUCGCAGUGUGAUAUGCAACCGCAGCACUGUAACAUGCAGCAGCAACAUUGCAACGUUCAAACACAACACUGUGAUGCUAGUCGUGAAGCGCAUCCCAGAGAGAAAAAUAAUGUAAAGAAUGAAAUUGACUCUGACGAAAACGCAUCUCACUUGCUGAUCAGUUUGAGCAAUGCAUUAAACCCUGGUGAGGCUGAAUAUAUUGAUCGUUAUCGUCCAAAGGGCCGUCCUAGAGGUCCCAAACAUCCCGUUUGGAAUUUUUUCAAAUUUUACAAAUCUGGUGGACUUACUUUGGGAUAUAUGUGUUUAAUGUGUGGUAAUGGAUUUACUGGUCCUCCAAAUACCACAAAUGCUACAAAACAUCUUCGUUGUAAGCAUAAACAUGAAUAUUUGCUGUAUUUUGAUUUACUGGAAGGUGCAAAGCAGGGAACAUUCUUCGGUGAUGUGCACCAGUCAAUCAGAGAGCUUGUUUCAAAAAGAGGUGUCAAAGCAGAAGCAUGCACUUCGGUAGGUAAUACUGCUGAAGGUUCUAUUCCGAACUACGAAAUCAUGAAUGAAGCUGUACACCGGAAUCAUGAUUGGACGGACGAUACCGCGGGUAGCUCGCAAGAUGCUAAACUUCAUUCGUUUCUUUGUUCUGCACUAAUAUCGAAUACUUCUAAAAAUUCGCUUGUUCGAUAUGAUGUAAGCAAUUCUGGUGAGAAUUCUGAAGUUUCAUCAUCUGGAGAAGUUAUCUUUACUGGUUCAUCCGUUGGAGAUGCGGAAGCGGGUUCAUCAGCUGUAAGCAGUGAUUCUACGGGACAGUUUGCUGGGCAAGUUGAAUCGUUCCUUCGUGAUUAUCGUCGUCUGGAAACCGAAUGUCGAAGAUUACGUGCCGAAGUAGCUGCCAAAGAUGAACAUAUCAAAACGCUUCGUUUAAAUUUGAUGGACGAACGAAAUAAGCGAAAAAGCGCACUGAUACUUGUACAGCGUGCGUUGAUCGAUGAGUGA